AUGCAUUGCUCUUUACAAUCUCUUGAUCUUUAUCGCCAGCAGUCAACAUUCGUGUCGCAUCCGGCUGACGGAAAAUUCAUCAGGGGAUCUUGCAACGGAUUGCUCUGCCUGUCUGAAGGUUUUCCCUUCGAAACUCUUACUCUUUUCAAUCCCAGUACUCGUUCGGUGUCCCCAUCCGUUCCAUUCGGGUGCUCCGACGAGUGCGGAGACCUUGUUUUCCGUGGCUUUGGCUAUGAUACUCUACAUGACCAGUACAAGUUUGUUAUGGGUUGUCGUGCCUCGUCUCUUAGAACUGAUUUCAAAGUGAGAUCUGGAGCUAUAGUUUUCACUUUUGGUGCAAAUCCUUGUUGGAAAACUGUUGAUCAUCCCGUGUUUCCGUAUCACGUAGCUGACAAAGGAGAUGGAAUAUUUGUGAGCGGCACUCCGAAUUGGCUUGUGUAUGAUUCUACUGGUACUAGAGAUUAUGAAACUGAGUGGUUCGUUCUUACUUUCGACUUGAAAACAGAGUCGUUUGGUCGAAUGUGUCUGCCUAUUGUUGCAAGGUGCUCUGACUACACCCAAGUGCCUCAGUUGUCACUCCGCAAUAAUUGUCUUUUUUAUUCUGUUUGCACGACGUGUAUACUGUUUUGCACAUUCUGGAUAAUGAAGGAGCAUGGAUAA